ACGCUUAUCGACGCGCAAUCCGAUAUUUUCUCAUCCCCUUAGUCGCCCUGUCCGCCUCUUCUUGCAGGGAAGAAGUCAGUGAGUGUGGGCAGCAUCGCAUAGCAAGUUUGAGAGCAAUGGCGGACAAAAAACAAAAUUCAGCUGCAGCCAACGACACGCAGUUUUACACGAAACCGCCGGAGUUAGGAAAAUGGGAAAGCUUCCGAAUUUUUCUAUGGAACCCGGACACGUCGCAAUUUUUGGGAAGAACCGCGAGCAGUUGGGCGAAAAUCUUGUUCUUCUACAUUUGUUUCUACGCUGUUCUCAUUGGCUUCUUCGCAACGAUGUUGACAGUAUUCUAUCAAACUUUAGAUUAUAAAGUGCCCAAGUGGCAAUUAGACAGAUCGUUAAUAGGAACUAAUCCAGGUUUAGGUUUUAGACCUAUGCCACCAGAAAUUAACGUAGAAAGUACUUUAGUUUGGUACAAGUCGGCUAAUAACGAAAAUAUUAAGUACUGGAGCGAAGAGCUGGACAAAUUUUUAGUUGCAUACAAUAAGAGCAAUAACCCGCACGCCGACAGACUUAUUGACUGCGCCCCUUACACGCCGCCUCCAAACGACAAAGUGUGCGACGUGAAGAUCGAUCAGAGCUGGUACCCCUGCGUGCCUCUAGAAAGGUACAGUUACAAUACGACUGCCGCAGGACCAUGUAUAUUCCUUAAACUUAAUAGAAUUUAUAAUUGGGUCCCAGAAUAUUACAAUACAACAAAUUUACCAGCGGAUACAAAAGAUUAUUUGAAGAAGGCAAUACAAGACGAGACAAGGAAAAGUUCUGAUACCAAAAUGGUGUGGGUGACUUGCGAAGGUGAAAAUGUGGCCGACAAAGAACACAUCGGUCCGAUAAGAUACAUUCCCCAACGAGGUUUCCCAUCGCAGUAUUUCCCGUACAAGAAUCAGGAAGGUUACCUGAGCCCACUCGUGGCUGUUCAUUUCGAAAAACCAGCGCGUAACGUCCUGAUCAACAUCGAAUGCAAGGCGUGGGCAAAGAACAUCAUCCACGACAGAGCCGAGAGAAGAGGGUCCGUCCACUUUGAACUCCUGGUUGACUAGGAGGUUAAAUAAAUGUAUUGGCGCAUAGGGGGAGGCUAUAAUAUACCAACUGCCAAAAAACGCACGCACGCGGCGGAGCCCGAUUUUGCGUUAGACACUCUGUAUAGUAUGAAAAUUACGAACACGGUAUCAAGCUGGGAUGGUGGGGAUGAUACCAUUCUGACUGGCUUACUUUGGCGAUUUGUUUGUUGCACUAAAUUUCAAAAAGACUGGAGUUGGCGGCAACUUGCGAAGAAAUCCGAGUUUUUUUUUAAGCACAAACAGGUACAAAUUUAUUAAAGGCGCCAUACGUUUUGGCACUCGGCGUUACAACUACCAUCCCCACCAUCUUUGGUUUUUAUCGACAACGUAACGGUCUACGUAGUAGGUAGUAAUUGAGUAAUUUGAACCAAUAGUUCGGUUUUAGGUCACAUUGGUGCGCGAAUUCUGACAAUUAUUUUAUCGCCUUUCAUACUUGAGUUCCUUUAAGCUUACGUGGUGGUUGUAUUCGUUUUACCUAGACGUUUUUAUAGUAACAUUCGCGUUUCAUCGUUUGCUGAUGCAUGCAGCUACAAAGUUAAGCAAAAAAAAAACUAGCAAUUUACAGGGUGUCGGCACGAUAUCAACCAAUAACGUCAGUUGUAGGGAUACGUAUUCACGGCUGAACGGCAAGUAGCGUUCAGGUAAAUGCCCACAUGGACAAUACAUCAUCUUACACUAGAUACUACCUGAACGUCACUCGUCCCCUAUAUACGUCGGUCAUUUUCAGCAAUCCACAGGUUGACUCAGUCUAGUUAAUAACUGAUACCUUGUAUAUAUGCAUGGGCUAGCGUGGUUUGAUUUAAACUUUUUUAAUUGUUAGGCUACUUUGACCCAACGUAGGCUAAGUCCAAAUUUAUAUAAAUAUAUUUGUAGGUUGUUAAGCAGUUAGACUGGCGUUAUGAAACCAUCUUUGCCAUCUUUUCUUAGGACAUUUUGCUUUGGAUAAAGAAGAAACCGUUUAUUUCCACUUGAAUAUAUAGUAUUAAACAAUAAAUUAUUGUUACUAAUUGUGUAAUAAUUGUAACAGAGACUUUCGAAUUUUAAAAUUUUGUCUGAGGCGUGUUGUGAUAGGGCGAGUGUAAAUCGUACUUAUUUUUCGUGUAAAUAUAAUUUCGUUGCAAAUUUAGCUCAAGAAAAGCAAUUGAUAAGAUCUCCUGCGGCGAGCGAACGGUUAGGGAACGGCGGCGAAUCACCGACGAGUUUAUCCGCGUUGUUGUCGCGAAUUUCUUUUGGUAACGAACUAUUGGAAAAUGAUUUUCGAUGAUUCCCGCCGUGUUCGUAACCGCUGCCCGUUCAUCUAACGACUAAGCAUUAAUAUUAAAUUACCUAAAUUAUUGUUUCAAGUGUUGAUCAAUAAACAUUAAAAAUUAAACGUCGUGUUUAUGCACUGUUACAUUGCUAAAGGUAUAAUUAAAUAUAGUUUACUAUUACGCAGAACAAAAAGCAGAUUAAAGCAGAAAAGAAUAAAAAUAUUGUUAUAAAAUAGUAAUAACCUAAGUGUUAAGAGUACUUCAUAGAGUCUAGAGUAAUUUAGAUAACAACAAAUGUUCAGAUUUGCCACAGGAUCUGUUUCAAGACCCGAUUAUUUUUGGGUGCAUUUAGCAUAUCACAAGAGUGUGAACGUCGCCCGAGGUAAUGUUAAAACUGACGAUUACGCACAAAAACUGGUUACAAUAAUUUCGCCCAAAACUGUUUCCCGUAAGCAUUCCUUAACAAAAUUGGGAUUAUUCAAAACGGCUGCGACAAGCAGUUUCUAAUUUUGAUAGUUUUAGCAUUACCUCUCAAUUUUAGAUUGUAACUCAAUUAAAAGAUGAUUCAUAUUUCACGGUCGCAGCAGUGCGGACAUCUAAGUUGAUAUUUGUUUACUCAAAUAAAUCGAGAACGUCAUCAUCUGGGCGAUUUAAUAAUUUCAACUCGGCUCAUUAGGCGACACUUCCAAAACACUGUUGGCGCUUCAUUAUAAGGUAACAAUAAUGCAUCCGAAAUUCAUUCUGAGUUAAGUAUGUAUAUUUCCGCUUUCUGUGUAAAAUAAUCAUUUGUAACGAACAUAUUGUAAAGUCAUAAGUUAUAAUCUAAGUCAGAUCAAGUAAAAAAAAUUAAAUGGUUAAGCUCUAUCUUCAACUAAAUGACACACUUUCUGUUUAAUUUUUGCUAAUUGUUAUUUAUUGACAAAAUUAGUAUAAUAAAAUUUAAAAUAAAAACAU